AUGGCGUACGAGACCGCGGCGAGCGCCUGUAGGCCGCGGAAAGCGUGGAAGGAGUCAUUGGUUACCCAAUCCUUCGACGCCACCCGCGACUGUCGAGACCUUAACCGAAUCCUCGAGACGGUCAAUCAGGACAAGAGUUUCAACUUUUGUGCUGCAGAUACGUCGGUAGUCAUCGACUAUAUCAACAAGAGCCUCAUCAUGCCGAAAGCCAGCAAUCAACCCAAGCCCUGCGAGAUCCAGCUAUGGUGGUUCGGCGGCCCCGGAGUCGGCGAGGCGUUUUGUCGGAAUGCGACCGACAUUGCGGUCCAGGUGUACAAGACCAGGAACUUUACAUUCGAUAAGGCACAGCCGUACGAGAGCGUUAUCCAAGCCCCGCGGGCAUAUUGCCAUGAGCAUCUGGAGGCGGAACUGGCCUCCAUUGGCAAUCCUGAUAUCGCUGACCAGGUACUGACAUCCUACGGUAUCGAGUUGGCCCUCUUGCUACUCUUUGUCACCAUGUCUUAUACCAACAAACGUGUCCUUGGAAGUUUCGGUCCACUCGCAGACAGCGUCCGCGAUGCGUUUUGGGACUUCUGGGGAGCCGCGACCCUCCUCAUCUUCGCCGUCGUCGCAGCCGCUCUCGUCACUUUCCGGGACUACCAGUCCACGUCGAACACCAUUCAAACCGACUUCGGGUAUACCCACUUCUACGAGGAGGUGGAAAAUCUGGGCUACUUGGCUGACGCCGCUGGUGCUCUCCAUCUCUGUGUUGCCACGAUGUGGGUGAUAUGGUACCGCGGAGUCAGGGACCAGGACAAUCCUGUCCACAUCGUGUUCGGGGGCCUCGGGGACUUCGACGUUAGCAGCUUCCUCUACCGGAAGUCCCGGGCUUACACACUGGCGACGUGUAUCCUGAUGACGGUUCUGCCUGUCCUCGGGGUGCUUCCCGCAUUGGUUGGUCGGUUUCUGUCUGUCCUCGGGGUGCUUUCCGCAUUGAUUGGUCGGUUUCUGCCUGUCCUAGGGGUGCUUUCCGCAUUGAUUGAUCGACUUAAGGUCAGCUGGGCUCUCAAAUAUUCCGAGAGAAUACUUGGAAGAACGUUUCGCGUCCUUGGCCUGGCUAUGGCUGCGGUACAGUUCUUCGUGAUCUGUUACAUACGCGCGCAGGCUAGCAAGGAUGCCCGUGGUCAGAACCCGGAAGUCGGGUUCACUUUUGGUCAGGUCCUGGCUCUAACCGCGUGGGUUCCUCUACUGUAUAAGCUCUUCGUUGAGGCACUUGGGCUAUGGUAG